CGUCCCUGACAGAGGACACACUGUGAGACAGACGGUAAGAUUCACCUUCAGAUCAAAACCACCGCGUUCACUGAGAGAGGACAACUGCAGGAGGGAACACUGGAAACACUGGAAUACUGGAAAACUUGCACUUCAACCUGCUGCAGACUCCAAAUAUAUAACUGGAGGAGCCUCAACUUAAAGUGAAAGUAACUUUUAAGGAACUCUCUAGACUGACUGACUUCCCUGUUUGCCUGUUGUGUUUAAAGCUUUACUCUGAAACAAAAUGUCUUCGAGACCAGAGGAGGAUCUCUGCUGUCCGGUCUGUCAGGACAUCUUUAAAGAUCCAGUUGUCUUGUCAUGUAGCCACAGCUUCUGUAAAGAUUGUCUGAUGAAGUGGUGGAGAGGGAAACAAAUACGUGAGUGUCCGUGCUGUAAGAGAAAAUCCUCGAGGAGUGAUCCACCUCGAAACCUGGCGUUAAAGAACCUGUGUGAGGCCUUCUCACUGGAGAGAGAUCGGAGAGUUUCAGCAGGGUCUGAGGCUCUCUGCAGUCUGCACUCUGAGAAACUCAAACUGUUUUGUCUGGACCAUCAGCAGCCAGUGUGUGUUGUCUGUCGAGAUUCAAAAAUGCACAACAACCACAGAUUCAGACCCGUCGAUGAAGCUGCACAGGAUCACAAAGAGGAGCUCCAGAAAUCCCUGAAGCCCUUACAGGACAAACUGAAGCUCUUUAAAGAAGUUAAAGGAAACUGUGAUCAAACAGCAGAACACAUUAAAGUCCAGGCCAGAGACGCAGAGAGGCAGAUUAAGGAGCAGUUUAAGAAGCUUCACCAGUUUCUACAAAAGGAAGAGGAGGCCAGGAUCGCUGCUCUGAGGGACGAAGAGGAGCAGAAGAGUCAGAUGAUGAAGGAGAAGAUUGAUAACCUGAGCAGAAAGAUAGCAGCUCUGUCAGACACAGUUAGAGCUGCAGAGGAGGAACUGAGAGCUGAAGACGUCUCAUUCCUGCACAACUACAAGGCUGCAGUGAAAAGAGUCCAGCAGCGCCCCCUGCUGGAUGAUCCAGAGCUGGUCUCAGGAGCUCUGAUAGAUGUAGCCAAACACCUGGGCAACCUGACCUUUAAUAUCUGGAGCAAGAUGAAGAAGAUGGUCUCCUACACUCCUGUGAUUCUGGAUCCAAACACUGCCGACCCAGAACUCGUCCUGUCUGAAGAUCUGACCAGUGUGAAAUGUGGAGAGAAACAGAAGCUUCCAAAAAACCCAGAGAGGACCAAAUUCUCCUGUUCCGUCCUGGGCUCUGAGGGGUUUAACUCGGGAACUCACAGCUGGGACAUUGAGGUCGGGAACAACAAGGACUGGGAACUGGGCGUGUUGGGAGAGUACGUCCAGAUGAAUGGACGCUUACAGUCUGGACUGUGGAGAAUAUUGUUCUGUGAUGGUAAAUUCACAGCGUUCUCCACUUUGGAGCCAGACAAAGAUCUGUCAGUGAAGAAGAAGCUCCAGAGGAUCAGAGUUCAUCUGGACUUUGACGGAGGAAAACUGUCAUUCUCUGAUCCUGAUACUAACACACACAUACACACCUUCACACACACCUUCACCGACACCCUGUUUCCAUACAUUUACACUGAGAAUCACCUCCCGCUGAAGAUUUUACCAGUGAAGGUCUCGGUGACAGUGGCAGCGCAGCGCAGUCAGAAAUGAUUAUGAUUCAGAUUUUUCUACAGCAUCUCUGGUUGUAUUAGACCAUUGUGGGUAAUUUUACCAAUCAAUGAGGAGGAUUUUAUUUGAACAGGGUAUUAUUUGUGGUUGUUCCGUAUGGUACACAUAGUACUACGUUUGUACAAAGCCUAGAAUAGCAGAAAACAUCAGAAUGGUGUUUUAUGAAAUUUGCGAGUGAUGCAACAAUUGUAAAUAUAAAAAAAAAAAAAUCCAAAACAAACUGCGUAAAAAUCUUUGCGAGCCCAAUAACUUUGUCAUUUAAUCUAGAAACAUCAUUCUAACUUUUUAAAACAGGUCACAGGAUUUGACACUUUAUUGGUCAAUAUCAUCUUUUCAGAGUUCAUUCUCACCUCAAGAUCCAUUUAGUAGUUGUUCUGGGCUUUGAACUGUAUCUCUGUAUCUACUGUACCUCUGUUAAACGGAUCUUGAGGUGAGAUUGUUUUGUUGCUGUUUCCAAGGUCAAGAAUGAGGAGGAGCAUGUAGCUCGAAACAUCACUUGGAGCUACAGUGUGCAGACUUUCUUAUUUCUUUUGUACAUUGUUUCUUUGGUCCAGCACCUGGUUUUUUUUGGAUGUGCACGUCUACCAUACAUUUUAUGACAAGGUUAAGAAUGAACCUCAACUUUCAAGUCACCAUGGAUAAGAAGUUUUAAGGUUUUCUGAAAAUAUUUAGAGAACAUAGUAAUAUUGCAAGAUAUUUAUUUUUACUUUAAUUCUUUACUAUUUUUUAUAUUUAAUGCUUUUCUCAGAUAUGCAACAGUAUAGAGAUGACAGGAAAGGAGGGGAUAGAGACACGGAGAAAGAUAAUGUGACAAAGGUCCGAAGCCGAACACAAACUGGUUCGGGAAUGUAAUUUACAUAAAUGUGAUGUGGGAACUUGAAGCCUCUAUAAACUAAGAAUGGACUUUUCAGCUUUUAAACUUGAGUUAAAUAUUUGUAUAUUCAUAGAUUCUGGAGAGAGAAGGAGCAGAUGUAGUUGAGUGGAAGAGUUUUUAACAAGGUAAUAAAACAGUUUUUUGGUUAAAAACAUAUCAAUUAUUAAAAGCAGAGUUUUAUUUAAAAAUGUAAACAUGGCUGGAGGGAAUCUUUAAUGUAAAAUGUUAAUAUUUGAUGUAAUUACUGCUGAAACUGCAUGUUGCUGUAAGACAAAAUAAAUUGAGUGAUCAGUGGAAUAUCAGUUGACGGUGUUUGGAUUGAUCGGACAGGCAGAAGGGCGAGAUCACUGAAAAAUGUGUCAUGGCGUCACUGGUCAGAUUUUAUGUUCACACCUGCUGGUUCAGGAUGAGGUCACCAUUAAAUAUCCCAUCAACGGACAGUUUUCCAAGUGUCCAUUUUAUGUUGUCAUCAACAGAGAAUACAGCAACAUGUUAGAUUAAAUAUGUGUAUUAUGUGAGUUAUGUUAAUAAUAUUAACUGUAUAUCAGAUAAACAAAUUAAAUUAAUAUUGUAAAUGUUUUCUGAAGUAGAAACUGAAUCUGUAACAUGUUUCUCUCUGUUUUCUCUCUCUUUUCUUUAGAUUAUUCUGAUUAUGUGACCAAUAAAAAUUAAGUUAACAGAACAGUUAUUGACUGUGUGUGAAGAUGUUUCCAUCAUAAUGAUCACUGGAAUAUUUGUUCCAUCUUCAUUUUGGCUAAUGUUGUGUAAUUAUUACAUUGUGCUAAUGUACUAAUGUUUUAACUUUUUAAGAUGCUGGUCGAGGAAAUUAUUAAGCUUCAGCUUUUUAGUUUCUGGUGACAUCUAGAACUAAAUAUUGUUCUCUGAAUUACAAACUGAAAAUUAUUGUAAAUCUUCUUUUAAGCGAUACACUGGAUACA